AUGGCUUUCAUUUCAACUAAAGUAUGUGAUGAUGAACUCGGGCUCGUCUCGUGUAUAGCGUCUUUCACCCACCGCUCUUCUGUAAUACAAAAUGAAACACAGAGAACUUUGGUUGGCAACAACUUAUGCCACUUUUCUGUCACUUUAUCUCACAAUGAUUAUUUAGUUACACUUGAUGUUGUUAGGUUGAUAGCUCCAGAAAACUUCGAGGUUUUCGUCAUAAGCAAUUCCCUGUCAUGUUCUUUUAAUGGUGAACAUGUCGAACAUAAAUAUGAUAUAAGCAAACAUCAUUUUGUUUGCUGGUUUAAAUCAAAAUCUUAUUUGACGAUGGGAUUUGUAAAAUUGAACUCUACUGUUCAGUAA